AGUCGCCUUCUCGAUCAAACACAAAAAUAAAUUGACAAGUAUUUGACUGUUUGCAAAAUUCCAGUAAAGAUUCUAAAUUCUCCGUAUCUAAGCCCAAAAUGUUCAUCUGCUGUCCAGAGAAAGAAGCUAAAAAGCGCUGCAACAAAUUAGGCGACUUGAAACAACUCGUCGAAACUAUCGAGGAAAAAAUGCUGGUACCGUGUACCAUAGUUUGUCCCAUUUGCGGUCCCCCGUGCGCUAUUACACUCCCAUGUCCUGCUCCUGAAGAGGCCAAAGAAUCUUUAGGACCCCCGGUGCCCCCUAAUGUCAUGGUUUGCUACAAAUGCGAAAAGCACGAAAAGAAGAAGAAUGGUAGAACUGUAAAAAAAACUAACGCUCCAAAAAGGACAAAAAGAGCGAAAUCCAGGGAGUUAAGGGCUAGUAUUCUUUACCAAGGAUGUGAUUGCGAAAAACGUAAUGGACUUCAGGAUGAUUGUAGGAGGACUGGGUGUCAUGGCUCGCCGGAAUGUUUGACUAAACCGGAGCCGAUUUGUGGCCCUAGUGAGUUCAGUAAUGGCAAACAUUUAGGGAAAAAAUCCGGGGGUUAUGUGAGUUCAAGUGGGGAAGCUGGUGAUGGUGGUGAUGAGGAAGGGAAUGAGAAACUUAGCGUCUAUUAUAAUUGUUAUCCUGCAGCGAUUAAGUGUUAAAAGUACUUCCGGUUUUUUCAUGAUGUAAUUAAGUGGAAAUAAGAUUUUUUAAGCAAA